ACACCAUUUGAGAGCUCUCCAAAGUUGUAGCUUGUUUUCUCUCUCUCUCUCGCUCCUUAUCUUUCUAGUUGCAUCACCAGUCUCUCGGCCUCCACUAAACCCAUGAGUACAUAAGAGUCCGUCGGCAGUAUACUUCUCUCGUCACAGCGUCCAUCACCCACCACCCUCCAAUCUCCAAAUUACCUGCCUGCCCUCGCUGCUUCCUACACCUCCAUGAAACCCACGGCCGAAACAGGGCACCUCUCUGCCUUCCCCGCCCCGACCAAGGUCUUAAAGAAGGCCCCUCUCAUGGCUUCGAUCCCUCCCCCGGUUUCUCCCUCCUCCUCCUCCUCCUCUUCUUAUUCCCCUUCCAACUACUCUUCAAGCAGCAUAACCCAGAUGGGCAGUGAUCACAUCAUCUCUAUCCUCCUCCUCCUCCCCGUAGAGUCCAUCCUCUCCUUCUCCAUGACAUGCAGAAGGUUCAGAUCCGUGGCCUCCUCCGACUCCGUGUGGGAACCCAUCUGCAGGAGGGAGUGGGGCAGCGGCGGCGUCGACGCCCUCGUCGCUUCCUUGUCUCAGCAAGAAAGGCAGCGGCUUUCUUGGAAGCGGCUCUACGCGCAAGUUUCCCGGCCCAGUUCCCUUUCUUGCCGCCGAUUGUCGAGUAAAAGUGGCGCCUUUCCGAAUCCCAGGGCUUCUCACUCCCUCAAUUUCAUCUCUGAUUGGCUUGUUCUCUUCGGCGGGGGAUGCGAAGGAGGUCGCCACCUUGAUGAUACAUGGGUAGCAUACAUUGGAAAUGGACACAAUAGAGUGAUAUGUUGGCAGCAUGUUAAUUCUGGUGUUCCAAGUGGGCGUUUUGGACAGACAUGCACACUCCUUAGUAAGUUUCUAGUUCUGUUUGGUGGAAUCAACGAUAAUGGAGAGCGUUUAAAUGAUACAUGGAUUGGGGAGGUUCUUUAUGAAGGACAAAUUGAUCUCAGAAUUGCAUGGAGGCUACUGGAUGUGGGUACUCUGGUUCCUCCCCCUCGAGGAGCCCAUGCUGCAUGUUGUGCUGGAGACCAGAGGGUGAUGAUACAUGGAGGGAUCGGGUCGUACGGCCUCAGAUUUGAUGAUACAUGGAUUCUAGAUCUGUCAGAUGACUUUAAAUCUGGUAGGUGGCACCAGGUGAUGAAUGCUCAGUCAUCACCUCCCCCACGGUCCGGUCACUCGUUAACAUGGAUUGGUGGGACAUACAUGGUUCUCUUUGGUGGGAGGGGCUCGGGAUAUGAGGUUCUUAAUGAUGUCUGGCUCUUUGACGUUGGUGGCGAUGGUCCUGAAUGGAAGGAAUUAAAGCUAUCUGGUUUACCUAGUGAAAUGCCACUUCCACGAGUCGGGCAUUCGGCAACACUUAUAUUAGGAAACAAGAUUCUCAUAUAUGGUGGUGAAGAUUCAGAAAGGCACCGGAAGGAUGAUUUCUGGGUGUUAGACAUAGGAGCCUUGCGAAGUUUCCAAACAGCAGGUUCAAAGAAAACACCGAGAAAAUUGUGGAAGAGGCUAAGCAUCGAAGGUCACUCCCCACAGUACAGGUCCUUCCAUGGGGUCUGCACAGACAGGUCAGGACAUUAUGUGUAUGUCUUUGGUGGUAUGGUCGAUGGUGUUGUACAUCCUGCUGAAGCCUAUGGGCUGAGCUUUAACGGGGAGUUGUAUCAGGUCAAGCUUGUGCUUCAGUUAUAGGCACGUGUGACUUCCUGUAUCAAACCACUACUAGGAUCUAUCCACUAUGUUGUAUAGACAAAUGGUAGUCUGUUCAGAAAUCCAGCUCCUUGUAAGAAUGUAUCCGUUAAGUCAUUUUAUUAGUGGAUCAGAUCGUAUGAAUCAUGAUUUGUCAUCAACUGAGGUUGUAUAUCGGUUGCAGAUGCUACUGAAUGUGGUGGGAAUGAAUUCUCAGGAAGUUCAGAUAUAUUAGUUACUAAGAACCUAGCCAGAAAUAUAGAGGUAGAAACUAGUUGCUUUAGACUGUAGUUUGAGCAAUUUUACCCAGUAAUGAUGAGAUUUUGAGGGGAGCAAAGAGCCCGACAAGUUGUAUCAGAGUGAUUGUGGCAGGACAGACAUUCCUCAUCUUGCUGUGAGCUCAUCUCUGACGGCCAGAGGCCUGAAGGUCUUGUGCUGGAGAGGACAAUUCCUCUGGUCCCUUCUUUGAGAAAAAUCUGUGAGCACUAUGGGUUGUUUGGGAACAAAGAGUGAUCUUAUUCCAUGUCCUUGACAGGCCAUUUUUGAACUGUUCAUUCAUGCCAACCAAAGCUUGAAAUCUCUGAGGAGGCUGUUCUGUCUUGUGACUGCAGCUGGUUGAAGAGACCAGGGAUCUCAUGACAAGGCCAAGAAUGCAGAGAGAUAGAGAGAGAGAUGAUAUAAUGAUUGAUCUAGGAUCAUUCGCUGGUAAGAUGGUCCAACCAUGCCUGCAGACAUGGAUCUUGCUCAAUGCAUAAUGGACAUGGAGCUACACCGGUGUUGUCUGGAUGCAUGCACUCUCUCAUGUGACAUGGUCAGGCAAAGAAAGGGGACCAACAAAUUGCAUGUCAACAUGGUCCUGCUACAACCAGUGUCAGAUCAAUUCACCAUGAUAUUUAGCAGAAAGGAAUGUCACAGAGUGAUCGGUGAUGACACCGAUCCUGUUGGUGACUCAAAUCUUCUGAGUGUGAGGUCCCUCUCUUUUUACCAUGCUCAAAUCUCCACAUCAACUUGCUUAGAUGCAGAUCUGUUGCUUCCCAAAUAUAAAGCAAUCCUGUGCAGCUGUGGCUUUCUCCAGCUUAUUGUAGGAUUCACUAGAAUAAGUUCUAAAGCCCCUUUCCUUCCCUCGAGGGAGGAAUAAGAACAUCCAGCUUCAUACAACUGUGUUUGCAAGAGCAAGAAGAACAUGGGAGAAUGCAUUCUGAGAAUUGUAUGCCAAUCAAUAAAAGAUGUACAGCUGUUGCACAUUUGAGAUGCAUAUAUGUUCAAAAGACACUGGGAAUGCAAAUUAAAGGCAGCAACUAAGACUCAUCUCAAGUAAGCUUCAAGAAGGCA